GCCUCCCAAAGUGCUGGGAUUACAGGCGUGAGCCACCAUGCCCGGCCCCAAGGACAGCUCUUUAAGGAAGAGAAAGAGGUUUGGGUAGAUACGAACAUCAGUAACCCAAGAUUAGUAUGGAAGGAGCCAACCACAUACCGGCUUUUGGAGUUACGGUGCCUAAGGAUGAUUUAAAAGAUUUUCCCCAACAGCUUGCCCCAUGCUAAGCAGUCUUGCAGCUGUGCUGGUAUUGGGGGUGCUGAGUAAACCAGGGGAUGAGGGACUGGAGAGGCUUCAAAUGAAGCUUGCGCGGCCACACUGCAGAUGUGUUGGUUUUAAGGGAACACGAUGAGCCUGCUUUUGAGUAUGUUGUUCCCUUUUUUUCACUUGUCUUAGGUUUGAACUUAAUUAUUAACAUGCUUAUUUUGCAUCUUCAUAAAUAUGUUGAAAUUUGAGGGGAACUCAUAAACAUUUGCACCUAUUUAUAAGACUUUUUCUCAACUGAUUAGUCUCACAAAUAUCAACUUUGUUCUGCCAAAUAGGUGAGCAUUUUCAGUCAUUUGUGAUCUUUCACAAAAUGAAAACUGCUGAAAAGUAAAUAUUUUCCUUCCCACUUCCAAGGUAAUCCGGUGGGAUGGUGAGGAAGAGAGAAGUUGCCAUGUUACCAGAUAGUGGAAAAUAUUUUGUUGAAUAAUAUACAGAACUAAGUCUGGUACCAUGUCAUCUCAUAUAGGAAUGGAUGCUGAAAUGAGACAGACUGAGUAUUUCUAUGAAACUCUCAUAAUGAUACUCUCUGAAAAGCCUCCCACGCUUCCUUUUUUCCAAUAAAAAAUAAGCAGUAUUUGAGUACUGAAACCUUUAUUCCCAUUUUACUGGAAACAAAGAACAUGAACAAUUUACUAGUCAGAAAAAAAGUGUUUUAUAACCCAAAACAAAUAUUUGCCAAGAGCUGUAAAUUGCUUAAAUCGCUUAAACUGGAGAUUUCAGUGAGAUUUUUAGCAGUAGAUUACUAAGCUCCUUAGUUAUAGAACAUUCAAGGCAUAGGAAAGUGUUUUUCCUACAAAGCAUAACUGAAAUGUAGUUUAACUAAUGGUUUACAAUUCAGUCAAAUACCAAAGCUGCAAACCAUUUAGGGAGUCAUCAAUUACAUAUUUUGUACACUUUCAAAAAGCUUACAGCUGAGAUGGGUUGUUUAUUUUCAAAGCAUGACUGCUUUAAAAUGAUCACAUUCAUUAGCCUGCCACCUAGGAAGCAUUAAGCAUUUACUUGCAGAAUGAACAAACGAGCACGUUGUCUUGUGUUAUGAAGUAUAUAAUAUAGUUCGUUUUAGUUUCUUCAUUCGCAGACUAUCAGGCUCAUUUCACGUGACUGCUUGCACUUAAAACUGAGUUAUCACGGAGUAGGAACUCUCCAACAUCGUCGUCAUAGACCAAGAGAUGCCCAUGAACAGCCAUGAAAGUGCCAGUCAGGGAAGUAUUCAGUGCUUUGUUGUAGAGUUGUUGGAUAGAGGCACAGGAUCAUUUCAUGUUGUUGAGGAGAAAGGAGCAACAGCCUCCUCCCACCUUAUUAAAAAUAGAGAUUUAAAAAAAUCUCUAAUUUCCUCGAAGUACAGAAUCUCAAGAGGUAGCUCUAAGGAGAAUCCCUCCGGGUUUGAGCGCGUUCCUCUUCCAGGGGGGCCUAUUCUUGGACUGCUUUCCUUAAUAGAGAAAUCUCUCUGAGCCAAAAUCGGCCUCCCCCAACUCCAUCUUGUCGGCCCCACUUUUCUGCUCCGGAGACUUCCAGGCCAGUCCCCACUCCUCCUUCAGCCAGUCGGGCCCGCACCCGCGCCCGACAGGGCCAGCCCUCUCCUCCUCCUGCGUGGCGCAGCACAGGCCCUGAGCGCGCGACCCCAGGCCCUGGGCGCCCCGCCGCAUGCUCGCGGCUGGAAGCCCCAGUUUGCGUGGCCCUUUGGGUUAUUCCGCUAAAGAGCCGCCGCGUCGCCCCAUCUCGGCGCGAAUCUGAAAGCGUUUUCGGGGGAGAAGAUGUUGGGGGCACUGGUGAGUACACUGCACAAGUGACAAAAUGUUUUCAGCUCCUGGAGGCGAAGGGUGGAGAGUCGCUCUGUGUCCGUGAGGCCGGGCGGCGACCUCGCUCAGUCGGCUUCUCGGUCCGAGUCCCUGGAUACGAGGAAAGACCACAGGGGGCUUCUCACGGAAAAGCGGGCCCCGGACCCUGCGCGGGCUGGCUGGGGCGGGCGGAUGACGAGGCGCAGGGGCAUGGGUGGGUCUGCGAGGCGGCGGGUCCGGGCGUCUCAGGCUCUGGGGCUCCCUCGCUGGCGGCGGCGCAGGGAUGGCGCGCCCGGAGGUCUGGAUGCUGGUAGCCGGCUUCCUGUUGGCGCUGCCGCCGGGCUGGGCCGCGGGCGCCCCGAGGGCGGGCAGGCGCCCGGCGCGGCCGCGGGGCUGCGCGGACCGGCCGGAGGAGCUACUGGAGCAGCUGUACGGGCGCCUGGCGGCCGGCGUGCUCAGCGCCUUCCACCACACGCUGCAGCUGGGGCCGCGUGAGCAGGCGCGCAACGCGAGCUGCCCAGCAGGGGGCAGGCCCGCCGACCGCCGCUUCCGGCCGCCCACCAACCUGCGCAGCGUGUCGCCCUGGGCCUACAGCCUGGCUCCAUCACAUUCAAGUUCCGGUUUGACCCAGCCCCCUCAAGCCUCUGCCCUUCAUGGACCGAGGAUGCACCCAGUCUCCACCAUCAGCCUUCUCCCCGGGAAGUCGGUGUACUCUGCUCUCCUCUGCCUCUAUUUGUUCUCCCUCCAUGUGCCCCCGAGAUUAUCUUAUUUAACCACCAUCUAUCGGUGGACAACUUAAAACUCUGCCUUCAGCCAAGAGCUCCCUCUGGGGCUCCAGACCAUCUUCCACCCCAUAGUCUGAGGGAUCUUUCUAAAAUUCCAUCUGAGGGACACUCUUUCUCGUUGUACUUCCUAGUGGUGACUGUCCCUUGACCCUAUGCUUUGACAUGAGACCUGUGAAAAAAAUUCUGCAACAACUAUUUGGUAUGUUGGAGGGAAGCAUGAAUAAAUGGAGUCAGAUUGUGCUUUUUUGUUUUUGCUUCAGAGACAACUUGUUCAUUUUGCAGGCGGUCCCCACUGCCCUCUCCAGUGCCGUCACCCUGGGCUCCCACCUCUGGGCCCCCACUGCCAGCAAGGCCACCUGGCCAAGCUCCCGAUGCCCGCGCUGCCCCAUCCUCUGGCCACCCCGACUGGAAGCCUUGGAGUCAUUGCUAGCUUUCUGUCCGACCUCAUCCCCCACAUUCAAACAGUGGACGAGUGCUUGGAGAUGUCCCUCUGGGGUUCUGCAAGCACAAGAGGUGGCUGGGUGCAGUCCUGUGUCACCGGCUUCCUCUGAUGGCAGCCUGGCCGGUGGCCUCGGGCUCUUCCUACACCAGACCACCUCCCCCCAACCCCCCUCCGCCCCCCCACCGCAGACUCCCUCCUUAGGUCCUGGCACGGAGGUGGCACUGGAUCCAUUUCCAGUGGCGAGAACACACCAUUUCUAGGCUCUUCACCUCCCAGGCGUGCUCUAGUCCCUCAGACACAAAAGGAAGCAGAGGAUCCUAUGCCUUCCUAAGCCCUCGACCCUCACAGGCCGCUGAGAGCUGGCACUUGGCACCAAAUCUCCCUGAUGGAGAAAGCUCUUGUCCUUCACUCCCGUGAGAGCCCUGCAGGCCUCUGGCUCCUGGCCCAGUCAGCACUGUCCGCCCCCAGCCCCUCUUUCUCUAGACCUGCCCCAAGCCUGUCCUUGAAACCCGCCCUACCUGCCCCCAGCCUGGGCCCCAGGUGGACGCUCCCCUCGGGGUCUGCAGAGCCUUGCCGGUGGGAGGCAGCGGCUCCGGGGCCUUAGGCAGACAGGGCGCCUCAUUCUGUUCUGGUGGCACCUGUGGGCACCCGUGCAGGCGGCAUAGAUUUUAUUUUUCUGCGCACAUUAGCCCAGACUCUGGAAGUAGUUUUCCGGCCUGGCUCAGGGCCGGCUAGAUGUGCCGUCAUUUCAAAUGUAAGGAGGCGCUGGGCAGAUCUGUUGUCGGCGGGGCCUCGCACGCACGCGCCCGCAGGCGGAGGACAGGACAGUCCCCGAGG